AUUGACUCAUUGUGAGCUGCAGAGAGGCAAUGUCCAAUUGUCCCAACAACUGGCCAAAGUGGGGAUUUGUUUAAUAUGGACACUUUUCUUUGAGAAAGUCCUUUUACUGACAUUAUGGCUGCUUCCAUGCUUUACCGGAUUAUUGGCCUGUUUCUGUUAAAUGUAAUUCACUUUACUUCUGGAUUGUUGUCUGACUACAAGAUCUGUGGAGAUCCAGAAUGUGAAAGUCGAAUGAGCAGAGUGCAAGCUCUCGAAGAUCACUACAGUAAAGACUGUCGCUUCCUGAGCUUCCGACAAGGAGAUAUAAUCUUUGUAUACCACAAACUGACCGGAAAGAGAGAGGACCUUUGGGCAGGCAGUAUUGAUAGAAGGUUUGGAUAUUUUCCAAAAGCGGCAGUCAAAGAAGAAGAAAUUUAUGCAAAGGCUGAGAAAGUACUAGAAACACAUCAAUCCGAUUUCUUCUGUUUGGAUGAGAAUGGCUAUCCAAUCGACACAACUGAAAAAGAGAAUAAUGCAGUUACUACAGACGAAGUAAUUAACCCAGAAGUUACUCAAAUAAUGUCACCAACACUCGAAAGCCCCUCUCAGAAAUUACAUGAAACAUUUGUUGACACAAAAACCAAAAGUGGACAAGAAGAAGAUGGAGACAAUGUUGAAAGUCCAAACGACCAAUCUGGUUCCUCUUCCUGGCUCAGAUCAUCAGUGACAGGACUGUGGGGGCUUGUAAAAAAAGGUGAUUCAAGUACUAACUCUGAAGAAGAUGCAACAAAGGAGAUGCCUGAAUUGUCUGUUACAUCAUCAGUCACUGGGUGGUUAGGGUUUGGAGCAAAACAUAAUGGAGAAAGUGGCGAAGAACUAGGAACUCAAGAUACUCAAGCUUCUAGUAAUCUUGACUCUACAAUGACUGGCUGGCUCAACUUUGGCAGUGAAGUGAAAGAGCAAGACAAUACCAAAAGUGCACAAGUUGACAAACCAGGUGAGGUAUUCAGGAGUAGGAAACUUGCUCUAGAUUUUGAAGACAACCAAGUACAUCAAGAAGAGAACAAAGAAACUGGGACACUUGGAUGGAUUGGUAAUGGAAUUUCAAGUACAUUAGGUUUUGGGUCAAAUAAUAAGGAUUCAGGAAAGGGUAAAUCUGAAGAAACGGAUAAAAACUUAGAACCUACAUCACAUUCUUGGUUUGAUGUUGGUAUCACAGAUAUGCUGGGCUUUCGAAAAGAUUUAGCUAAGGAGAACAUUAACAGGAUAGAAGAUUUACCAGUAUCAGAACAAAACACAGAUACUCUUCCCAAUAUACCACGGCUUGAACAAUCAAAACAACUAGAGAUAAUGGAGGAGAAGGUUGUAGAAAUAGACAGCACAAACUUGAACAAAGAUAUAAAACAAUCAAAUGAUGACUAUAAUCUCAAUACUGAAACAAAUGUUGUACAAAGAGGUUCAAGUAAUCACAAUGGCCCAGAAAUUAAGCCGGAGCACACGGAAGUUGAGCUUCAUACAUCAGAUGCAACUUCCAUGGAAGACAGUUCUAAAAGUGUUGAAUUUAAGGAUCCAAAACAGUUAGAUGAAGACACAACUAUUUCAAGUAACAGUAAGUCUACUUUUGAUUCUCAAGUAAUUUAUGAUCAAGAUGUUCAUCCUCUGCAAUUGGAACACAAUGUCACAGAAGGAAAGAUGGACUUAUUAUUAGAAAAUAAUGCAGACACACAGAUUGAUGAAUUGGCUCAAAAUGGCUCAAAGUUUGAAAUAUCAGACACAGGAUUACAAAUGAAUGAGGAAGAGAGUAUGCAAGUUGAGGAAUUACAUAGCUCAAAGGUUAAUGAGGCAGACAGUUCAGAAGUAAACACGAAUCGGGAGGUACAAGAUACUCUAGAAGACCAAAAAAGCCACCAGGAAAUGCCUAGUACAAUUAAGCUGAUUAACGACAUCCAGGACGUUUUUAAUGAUAAGAAAGCCAUGAGUGAGGAGGUGAUUGAAACAAAGCAGGAUGUUGUGGAUACAGACGAACCGCUUAAUGAACUCAAGGUUAAGGAUGAUGGAGAUGAGACACUUAUAGAGGAUGAAUUAGGACAAAUGAAGGAAAAUGGUGAACAGGAAACCAAUGAUAAAGCAGAGCAAAAACUGGAACUAGAUGUAGAACUGAACAACAACAAAGAAGAAAGAGAGAGUAGUGGAGAGAUGGCACAACACAAAGGAAAUAACUUGGAAUCUGUUGAGGACUCACACGAAGAAGGGAAAGAUGAAUUAAAAGGAAAACGAUGGAAGCUGGAUGAAGAAACGCAAGUUAUGUACAAGGGGGAGGAGGAGGAAGAGAACCCAGAAGAAGUAGCUCUGAUACAGGAAAGUAGCAAGACCAAUCUAGAUACAAUAAAUGGACAGCAACAUGAGAAUAAUAAUUACUUUUAUGAAGCUGAAAAGGAGGUUAAACAACAACCUGCAGUGGAAGGGAAUAUUAAUAUUGAAGAGAAUGUGGAUAGCGUGAGUCUUGAGGAACUACAAGAAAUUGUAUCCAACGAUGAUCAAGUCUCCAAAAAUAGCAAGGAGAGUAGUCUAGAAGAAAGCCAAAAUCUCAAACAUACAGAACAAAAUGUUUAUGAAGAAAUAAAUCAGUCAUUAUUUGAUCUAGUAGAGGCUACUAAACUAGUUCAACAAAUAGCUGAUUUGGAUGUUAAGGAAGAGAAUAUUGACAAAUUAGUAAAUGUAAGUCCUAAAUUUACUCAUGACCUAAACAUAGAUGAAAAUGAUAUGACGGAGGUUGAUAGCAGUUCUGGCAACAACAAGAUGGAAGAGGAAACAGAAGAACCCACAAGAACUUCAGAUGAAAUUGAGGAAGUAUUUGGGCUAUUUAAUAACACAAUCAGUUUUGUUACUACUACAGUCAAUAGUGAACCUACUGUAGAGACAACAACAGAUGAGCCACAAGUCAGUAUUAGUAAUCGUAUGGAGGAAGAAGAUGUCAAACUUAUAAAUAAUUCAAAAGAUGAUUCAACAGUUUUUUCGGCAUCACAGACCACAAUUUCACAAAGUUUCAGAGAGACCACUCUCAAUCCAAAAACACUACACAAACUUUAUAGCAAUAUUCUUACCUACAUGAAUGCAGAUGAGGUAAUGAUUUUAAUAUACAGUUUUGGCGAACACAAGUUGCAGUUUCUGGAUUACAUUUUGAGCAACCUUGACUCCGUGACCAGUGAACAUGAUGCAGAUCUAUCCAUACUGUUGGAUAUUGAAAGACUUUUGACUUACCACAUCGAAACAUUGAUGACUUCCAGGAUAAAAACUGAUAGUGGCGUUCAAGAGGAUAAGGAGAAAACCAGGACCCUUAUUGCUCUGCAGAAACUAGAAAUUCUUUUAGAAAAAGUAAAAGAGACAUUUAAUUUCAAAACUGACUUAGACAACAAUGAGCAAGAUAAGGAUAAAGAAAUUAUUUAUGAAAUUAUGGAGGAAACACACGGUACAGGAAAAGUCCAAGCUCAAGAUCAAAGACAUGAUAUGGAAGGAGUGACAAAUCAGAUCUUGCACAUCCUUGAAAAGAUGGCUACAGAAGCUCUAACACAAACUCAUGCUACACUGAAGUUCAUCACAUGGAUUACUGUGCAGCUAGAGACUUUCACAUCUCAGUUGUCAAGCAGGCUCCUUCAUAACAUCGCUGACAUUCCUUGCUCAGGCUGGGUAUAUGAUCUUACAGUGCAGGCUACAAGUCAAGCCACUUGGCAAGAGGCUCUGGAGAUAGGCUAUAUUCCAAGUUUUGAGUGA